AUGCAGUUGUGCUGUGAAUCCAUAAACGGCUCCUGCAUCAAGAGCAGCUGGUCGAUUAGCAUUCGUAUUUCCAUGUACGUCUUCAUGUUGGGUGUAAUCCUGGCCACCGUUGCCGGCAAUUUGACUGUUAUCAUCUCGAUCGCGCAUUUCAAGCAGCUCCACACCCCCACCAAUUUCCUUAUCCUCUCUAUGGCCACGGUGGACUUUCUCCUGGGGUUCUUCAUCAUGCCUUACAGCAUGGUGAGGUCAGUCGAGAACUGCUGGUAUUUUGGAGACGUCUUCUGCAAAAUCCACACCAGCGUUGACAUCAUGCUGAGCACAGCUUCUAUCUUCCACCUCUCGUUUAUCUCGAUUGACCGCUACUAUGCCGUCUGUGACCCACUGCGAUACAAAGCAAAGAUGAACACUUGUGUCGUAUUAAUAAUGAUCUUCAUAAGUUGGAUAUUCCCUGCCAUGUUUGGCUUUGGGAUAGUCUUUUUUCAGUUAAACAUGAUAGGAGCAGAAGAUACGUUCUACAAACUCAUCUAUUGUGUGGGUGGCUGCUUUGUCUUCUUCAAUGAAACCGUAGGGGUGGUGGCAUCCAUGGUUUCUUUCUACAUCCCAGGAUUGGUCAUGUUGUGUAUCUAUGGGAAGAUAUACACCAUAGCCAAGAGGCAGGCCAGUUCCAUUACGGCUGUCAUGAGCCAAAUGCAGAUCCGAUUUGAAGUGCGCCAUCAUAUUUCACGCAACAGAGAAAGAAAGGCUGCAAAGACUUUAGGCACCGUGGUAGGGGUGUUCCUCAUCUGCUGGUUCCCAUUCUUUUUCUGCACUGCCAUAGAUCCCUUUAUGAAUUACAGAAUACCACCCAUUCUCAUUGAUGCUUUGGUUUGGUUUGGUUACUUGAAUUCUACCUUCAACCCAAUGGUUUAUGCAUAUUUUUACCUGUGGUUUCGAAGGGCCUUGAAGAUAAUCUUAUUUGGGAAGGUUUUUCAGCAGGACUCAUCCAGAACUCAGCUAUAUUUAGAGUGA